AUGCGUUCAAGUCUCAUUUUUGCCCUGGCACUAGGUGCAGCUUCAGCUGCCUCCGGUCAAAUCACUCUCCAGCCGACGACCAUCAGGCAGGGAACUUGUCCCGUGACUAAGACCAUUACAUCCGUCAUCAUUCAGAUAGACACUGUCAUUAAGACCAUGACAGAUUUCAAGACGACUACGGACAUCGAGACUACGACAGAUAUCAUCACGAAGACUGAGACCGGCCUCAAGACUGUCACCGCCUUCAUCACGAAGACUGAAACAGCUUAUAAAAUCCUCACUGAGACCACCACUCAGAAGGUCACCGAGCUUGUCACCAAGACGUCGACGGAGACGGCCACCAAGACGAUCACUACGACAGCAGUCACCACGCUGCCCUGCAAGCCUCCCGUCUGUCCGACCAUCACAGCCACUGGGACAAUUUGCAAAUCCUGCUUCAUCGCGCAGUGCACGACUACAUCGACACUGACCAAGUCAGCUGGAUGUCCUGCUCAAGCGACCACCACGACAGCAAACUUUCCUUGUGACGCGCCAGACGUCUGUAACCAGAUUGGAUGCCGGACUAUGUAUGUCAUCCAAACUGCGGCUGCCUGA